ACCCUUCAAAAACAAACCAAAUCGAAACCCUUCUUUUCUCUUUCGAUUGCGUGUCUCAACUCGUCUCUCUUAAUCACAAAUGGAUCCUCUGUUACCCAUUGUGGCUCUUUCGCUUGUGUUGGGUGCCAUAAUCGCCUUAGUAUUCUUCAACACAUACUUCCGCAAUCGCAAAUCCGAAAUCCGAUCCAUCGCUAACCCGAAUUUGAAUCCGAAUCCACAUUCGGUUCCCAACCCUAAACCCCCUCCCAAGAAGCCUCUCUCCAAACCUCAUUCCUCUGACAAGGAUCAAAUCAAGCGCCAUCAUCCGUUGGAUUUGAAUACCUUGAAAGGCCACGGUGAUGCAGUUACGGGGUUAUGCUUCUCCCCGGAUGGACGAAAUUUGGCAACAGCUUGUGCUGAUGGAGUUGUGAGAGUAUUUAAGUUGGAUGAUGCUUCAAGUAAAAGUUUCAAGUUUCUAAGAAUUAAUUUGCCUGCUGGUGGUCAUCCAACAGCAGUUGCAUUUUCUGACGAUGCAUCCUCUGUUGUUGUGGCAUCUCAUACUCUCUCUGGUUGUUCAUUAUAUAUGUAUGGAGAAGAGAAACCUAAAACUUCUGAAAAUAAACCACAAGCGAAGCUUCCUCUCCCAGAAAUUAAAUGGGAACGUCACAAAGUUCAUGAUAAAAAAGCAAUAUUGACUCUGUUUGGGACCUCUGCAACUUAUGGCAGUGCUGAUGGAAGUACAAUUAUUGCCUCAUGUUCAGAAGGGACUGACAUCAUUCUUUGGCAUGGAAAAACUGGGAAGAAUGUGGGGCAUGUGGAUACAAAUCAAUUGAAAAAUACCAUGGCUACUAUAUCACCCAAUGGCCGUUUUGUUGCAGCUGCAGCUUUUACUGCAGAUGUGAAGGUCUGGGAAAUUGUAUAUGCAAAGGAUGGAUCUGUCAAGGAAGUUGCAAAAGUCAUGCAGCUUAAGGGACAUAAGAGUGCCGUGACUUGGUUAUGCUUUACCCCGAAUUCUGAGCAAAUAAUCACUGCAUCCAAGGAUGGUUCGAUGAGAAUAUGGAAUAUCAAUGUUCGUUAUCAUCUUGAUGAGGAUCCAAAGACACUGAAGGUGCUCCCUAUUCCUCUUCAUGAUUCUACCGGUACUACAUUACACUAUGACCGCCUGAGUAUUUCCCCCAAUGGAAAAAUUUUGGCUGCAACCCAUGGUUCCACAUUGCAGUGGUUAUGUGCUGAGACUGGAAAGGUUUUGGAUACAGCUGAGAAAGCCCAUGAUAGUGACAUUGCAUGCAUUUCGUGGGCUCCAAAAACUAUUCCAAUGGGCAAUGAACAAGUCUUGGUUUUAGCCACCGCUAGUGCUGACAAGAAAGUGAAGUUGUGGGCAUCUCCGUCACUCCCUCCAUCCUAAACUCCCAUGGUGGUGUGCCAAUCUCUGUCAUUAACAUGCCCAUGCACUCUCUGACAACUAGUUUGUGUUAAAGCGAGAUGCUUCAAAAGUUCUCGGAUUUGGUCUCUUUCUUGUUGGUUCAGUCAUUUUGAUUAGAGCUGCAUGGUAUCAUGGAAAGUUGAAUGAGAAACUAAGAAGAGCUGAAAUGUUACAAGCCGUUCAGUUGCGGCUUAGACUUGGAUCUUUCGGAAAUUUUGUGACCAAUAAUUUGUAGUGUCUAUAGACAGAUAAUGUUAUCGGUUUUGGUGGUGUUAAUGAGCCUUACGAGAACGAUCACUUGAUUAGUAACUUCGGAAGAGGACAUGUAGCACAUGGUGCUACAUUUUAUAUCACAUAAAAAGAAUUUUUUAUCAUAUUUCC